ACAUAAAGGAGCGGGUGGCGCGACGGGGGCGGCUCUUUCCUGGGUGGGGUUUGUGAAGUCGUGGUCCGUUAGCAGGAAGCCGAGCAGUCGCCCCGACGCUAGCGAGGGACCCGAUCCGUGUCCCCAGCCCCCGGAGUCCAAGCCGUGUGUACUGCGUGCUCACCGCUGCCCGACAGCAACCAGCCAAACUUCGCCAACUCCACUGCCUUUGCAGCCACCAUGCCCAAGACGAUCAAUGUGCGUGUGACCACAAUGGAUGCAGAGCUGGAGUUUGCCAUCCAGCCCAACACCACUGGCAAGCAGCUGUUUGACCAGGUGGUGAAAACUAUUGGCCUGAGGGAAGUUUGGUUCUUUGGUCUGCAAUACCAGGACACUAAGGGUUUCUCCACUUGGCUGAAACUCAAUAAGAAGGUGACUGCCCAGGAUGUGCGGAAGGAAAGCCCCCUGCUCUUCAAGUUCCGUGCCAAGUUCUACCCAGAGGAUGUAUCCGAGGAAUUGAUCCAGGACAUCACACAGCGCCUGUUCUUCCUGCAAGUGAAGGAGGGCAUUCUCAAUGAUGAUAUUUACUGUCCACCUGAGACUGCUGUGCUGCUGGCCUCCUAUGCUGUCCAGUCCAAGUAUGGUGACUUCAAUAAGGAAGUCCACAAGUCUGGUUACUUGGCUGGGGACAAGUUGCUGCCGCAGAGGGUUCUGGAGCAACACAAACUCAACAAGGACCAGUGGGAGGAGCGGAUCCAGGUGUGGCAUGAGGAGCACCGAGGCAUGCUCAGGGAGGAUGCUGUCCUGGAGUAUCUGAAGAUUGCCCAGGAUCUGGAGAUGUAUGGUGUGAACUACUUCAGCAUCAAGAACAAGAAAGGCUCAGAACUGUGGCUGGGGGUGGAUGCCCUGGGUCUCAACAUUUAUGAGCAGAAUGACAGACUGACUCCCAAGAUAGGCUUCCCCUGGAGUGAAAUCAGGAACAUCUCUUUCAAUGACAAGAAAUUUGUCAUCAAGCCCAUUGACAAAAAAGCCCCGGAUUUUGUCUUCUAUGCUCCCCGGCUGAGGAUUAACAAACGGAUUUUGGCCCUGUGCAUGGGGAACCACGAGCUAUACAUGCGCCGCCGCAAGCCUGAUACCAUCGAGGUGCAGCAGAUGAAGGCACAGGCCCGGGAGGAGAAGCACCAGAAGCAGAUGGAGCGUGCUCUACUGGAAAAUGAGAAGAAGAAGCGUGAGAUGGCAGAAAAGGAGAAGGAGAAGAUUGAACGGGAGAAGGAAGAACUGAUGGAGAGGCUGAAGCAGAUUGAGGAGCAGACUAAGAAGGCUCAGCAAGAACUGGAAGAACAGACCCGCAGGGCUCUGGAACUUGAACAGGAGCGGAAGCGUGCCCAGAGCGAGGCUGAAAAACUGGCCAAAGAGCGUCAAGAAGCUGAAGAGGCCAAGGAGGCCCUGUUGCAGGCCUCCCAGGACCAGAAGAAGACCCAGGAACAGCUGGCCUUGGAAAUGGCAGAGCUGACAGCUCGGAUCUCCCAGCUGGAGGUGGCCCGACAGAAGAAAGAGAGUGAGGCUGUGGAAUGGCAGCAGAAGGCUCAGAUGGUACAAGAAGACCUGGAGAAGACCCGGGCUGAGCUGAAGACUGCCAUGAGUACGCCUCAUGUGGCAGAGCCUGCUGAGAAUGACCAGGAUGAGCAGGAUGAGAAUGGGGCAGAGGCCAGCGCUGACCUGCGGGCUGACGCUAUGGCCAAGGACCGCAGUGAGGAGGAACGUACCACUGAGGCGGAGAAGAAUGAGCGUGUCCAGAAGCACCUGAAGGCCCUCACUUCAGAGCUGGCCAACGCCCGCGAUGAGUCCAAGAAGACUGCCAAUGACAUGAUCCAUGCUGAGAACAUGCGACUGGGCCGAGACAAAUACAAGACCCUGCGCCAGAUUCGGCAGGGCAACACCAAGCAGCGCAUCGAUGAGUUUGAGUCCAUGUAAUGGGCACCCAGCCUCUAGGGACCCCUCCUCCCUUCUUCCUUGCUCCCACACUCUUACACUCUGACCUAACUCACCCUGUGCUGGAGCCACUAACUAGAGCAGCCCUGGAGUCAUGCCAAGCAUUGAGUGUAGCCAUGGGACCAAACCUAGCCCCUCAGCCCUCACUGAGCAAAGAAAUGGCCCACUUGGUGCCAAUGGGACCCUCUUUUCCCUCUUUGUCCCAUUCAACCUAGCAUUCUAGAAGAGACCACUUCCCCAGCUCAGAGGCACUUUCCACUUGAUUGGGGAAUCAUCCCCACAUUUAUUAUUGUUCUGCCAGGGUCAAGUGUGGAGUAAGUUGAAAACUAGCCCUAACCCCUUCCCCACUACUGCCUUCCUCUUCAGGGUCCUGUGAUUUGCAGAACUGGAACAUCACAGGAUUUAGGGAAGGAGGCAGGGCCCUGGCUAUAUGCUCUAGGAUGUCGACUGACCUAGGAUUAGGCCUCCCAAUGCCCAUUCUUUAUAGUGUUAUCUAGACUUUGUAAUGAUUGGAGGCUAAAAAGUUAUUGAGUUAUUCUCUCUACCUCCUAGAUUGGGCCUGUUACAAACUGAGUCCUAAAUAAGCCUUGUCCCUGAGUUCAGGGACUCAGUUUCUCCCUAAGGUGAGAUGGGGGAGAUAAUGUCUUCAAGAGGCUUCACCAACAUCUUAGAAGGACAUUGGCCCUUCUGUUCAGGCAAGGCUAGGUAGAAGAUCCUGCCCCAAUGCUUUAUGGGAGGCUAGGCUUGUUCCAAGUGAGCUCAAUGGCAGAGGUAUCCCUUACUUAUUAUUCUGGGUUCCUCCUCCCUUCUUGGGAUCUGCCCCUCCCCACUCCAAUCCUCAAAUGCCCUCCAGCUGGAACAGUAGGGAUGGUUACCCAAAAACCCAGCCAGGCCCAUCCAGGAUUCUUGCCAAAGGGAGGAAAUAUUCACACCUGGCUUCAGUAUUUUCCCUGCCAGAGGUUCCAGGCCACUUCUCCCAUCAGAGCCACUUGGGCCACAACUCUUGCUUCGGGGCCAUCCAGGCCUUAGUAUGUUGAGCCUUGGAGCUUGAUGUCAGUUGGUUCAAUGGUGAGUGGGUAGAAGAAGCUGAGUAUGGUGAGAGAAGCCCGUGGCCCAGAUCCCACAGUUUACUUGACCCCCUCAGGUGCCUAAUAGCCCCUUCCCAUCUCCCCGCUCCAAGGUGGUGACUGGGCCCUGCCUGUUUGACAAAUCUCUAGCCCAGGUCUUGCCACCAACUGUCCUGUCCCUUGGAGUUGUAAACCAGAGAGCUGUUGGCGACUCUGGCCUGGUCCCUUCCAUACCCCCACUCCUUGCUCUCAACCCAGGAGCGGCCUCCUCGUUCUGUCUCAUGUGUGGGCUCUUUUUCCUUCUACCAGUAUUAUAUAUUCUAGUGGCAUCUAACUCAAUAUUGAUUUCUGUGUUUCUUGCUAAUGCACCCUUAGAAGAUAUUAGUCUUGGAGCAGGAUCAUUUUGGCCUCAUUCCCGUACUACCCCCACACCUGGGAGGCAUAUACUAUGCUAUAAAAGCAUAUGUUGCCAGAAACAUUAACGUAAGAAGCUUUCAGUAUUGGUGAUGUCACCUGUCACUAUAGGUCAUACAAUCCAUUCUUAAAUUACUUGGUAUUUGGUUUUAUUUUUACUUUUCUCUUUUUCCUUCUCCCCAGAGUUCAGUCCUCAAGGGGCCAUAUUGUCCCUCUAUGCAAUAUCCCUAGCCCAGAGACUAUGGCUUCGAUCCCUCUCUCCUUCCCCCACCCCCUGCAUGACCUUGGGGAGUCUUACGUGCAUUGCUGUGAAUUAUAUUGACACUCUCUUGGUGAUGUGCCCUAUACUGGCUAAAUUCAAACCUGGAAUUUAGGGUAAUGUAGCUGCCUUAAGGGCUACCCCCAGGGAGGCGGGGGGGGAAAGUUAGAUUUUGUAUUCAGGUUAUUUUGUGUGUAUUUUUUGGGUUUUUAAAAAUUGUUUUGGAGGGGUUUAUGCUCAACUCAUGUUCUAUUUCAGUGCCAAUAAAAUUUAGGAAGACUUUA